AUGGAGUAUCUACAUGAAUCAUCUUUUCCUGUUACCAAGUCCGAAUUAGAAAUUUUCACAGUGCCACCAACCCAAACUGCAAUUGAAGCGUCAUAUGAAGUAGAGUACAGACCUUCAGCUAGCCUUGAAAAUGGUAGUACUUAUGAGAUACAUGUACCAUCAAGUGAUGAUUUCACUGAUCUUCAAGCAACAAUGCUACAUAUUGUUGCAUCAGUUGUUACACCAAAUAAUGGAAGAAUUCUAGAAGAUAAAGUUCAAACUGUUGAAAACUUUGGCAACUCAUUGUUUGAGCAGAUUGAUUUAUUUCUUGGGACAAUUAACACUUCACAAGCUAAUAACCUUUAUCACUACCAAUCAUGGUUCGAAGACACAUUUUUUCGACCCCCGAAUAAAGUGGAUGUUGGUAGAAUGGAAGGAAAAGAAAAAACUAGAAUAUUGAAUCAAGAAUUUGACUUAUACUUUCGAAUACAUUUACCACUUUGUGAACAAGAUAAACUUAUGUUGAAUAACAUGCCUAUGACAUUUCGAUUCACAAGAUCAUCGGAGAGUUUUCCUUUAAUGAGACUUGAUGAUAAAGAUGAAACAAGCUAUAAAGUUAAGAUUAAUUCAAUGUCAUUGCAUAUCAAAAGAAUCAAACUAUUUCCUGAUACUCAACUCAGCUUAUUAAAUGCCUUACAAAAAUCUCCAGCAAAAUAUUUCAUCACAAGAAACGAGACAAGAAUAUUUGCUAUUGGAAAUAACAUGACUGCAGCUACUGUUGAUAAUCUAUUUUCUGGUAUUUUACCUAGAAGAGUAAUUAUUGGAUUCGUUGAUGAACAAUCUCACUCUGGAACAUUAGAGCAUAACCCUUAUGAAUUCAAGUCAUUCAACACUAAUUUUAUUGCACUUUAUGUAGAUGGAAACAUGAUACCAAGUAUCCCUUAUACUCCGAAUUUUCAAAACAAAACCUACAUGCGAGAGUUUGUUAAUCUUUAUCGAUUUUUCAACCAAGAUGAAGGCCAUCCUCAACUAGAUUUGUCAUAUGAAGACUAUGGGAAAGAGAAAACCCUAUUUGCUUUUGAUUUAUCACCCGAUAAUUCAAUUGGUGCUGAAAAUGGGACAUUAUCUUUAGUCAAACGUGGUGUUAUAAGAAUGAGUGUUAAAUUCAGCAAGACAUUAACAACUCCAGUGAAAGUAGUUGUAUUUGGUCAAUUUGACAAUCUUAUCACUGUUGAUAGAGAUAGAGCUGUUGUUCUGGAUUACUAA